AUGGGAUCUACUUCGUUUCGUUGCCCGCCGAUCCACCAGGCCGAGGGUCUGCCCUAUUUUACUCCCGCCAACAAUGCUGGAGCGGCUAUAAACCCACGGGAUCCCGACACCCCGACACUGUUCCGCCCUUUACAAAUUCGAGAUGCUACAUUCAAGAAUCGCGUGAUCGUAGCGCCUAUGUGCAUGUACUCCACCGAAUCAGACCCAACUUCUCCGGCUGUAGGCGCGCUCACAGACUUUCACAUCGCGCACCUCGGUCAUUUGGCCACGAAGGGCGUCGGUCUGAUUCUCAUCGAAGCCACAUCAGUCCAAUUCAAUGGUCGCAUUUCACCCAAUGAUUCCGGCCUUUGGCAAGAGGGGACAGACUCCGAGCAGUUCAAAGGACUCUGUCGCGUGGUGAAUUUCGUUCAUAGUCAAGGGGCUAAGAUCGGAAUUCAGCUUGCUCACGCCGGCCGGAAGGCUAGCACGGCGGCCCCCUGGCUCGCAUCCCAAGCAAAUCAACGCGGCAUCAAAGCCGAUGAAAGUGUUGGUGGCUGGCCAUCAAAUGUAGUUGGCCCCUCUGGUGGAGAAGAGCAAAUUUGGGCACCUGGCGAUCAGUUCUGGCCCCCUCGCGAGCUUGAAACGGCCGAGGUUGAAGAAGUGGUCCGGGCAUUUGCACGAAGUGCAGGGCUCGCCGUACAAGCAGGAGUGGAUGUAAUUGAGAUCCAUGGUGCCCACGGAUACCUGAUUCAUCAAUUCCUCAGCCCUGUUACCAAUCGACGAACCGACAAAUAUGGUGGUAGCUUUGAGAACCGAACUCGGUUCUUACGCGAGGUGGCUGCUGCAAUCCGUGCCGUCGUACCAAGUGGAAUGCCUUUGUUUCUUCGUAUCAGUGCGACUGAUUGGCUCGAAAAUCAAACAGUCGCAGCAGGAACCGGAAGCUGGGAUAUAGCAUCCUCAAUUCAACUUGCCAAAUUGUUACCAGAUCUAGGGAUUGACUUUCUGGAUGUUAGCUCGGGAGGUAAUCAUAGAAGCCAACGGAUUGAGCCUCAUACCAACUAUCAAAUUGACCUCGCCGGCCAAAUUCGUCAAGAAAUUCACGCUGCCAACCACACAACCCUGGUAGGAGCUGUUGGCUUUAUUACAGAGGCUGAGUCCGCUCGCGAUAUUGUCCAGGGUGCCGAAGAGGAAGCACAGGCGACAGAGGCAAUGCUAUCUGGUCCAAAUCCUCGGGCUGAUGCCGUGUUGAUGGCCCGUCAAUUUCUGCGCGAGCCGGAAUGGGUGCUCACGGCAGCCAAGAAACUGGGCGUGAAGGUAUCUCUCCCGUGGCAGUUUGCCCGAGGCUUACUGUGA